AGCAGAUUUGUUUAUCAAUGAAUAAAUUCAAAUAAAAGAAAAAGGCAGAUUGUUUAGGUAAGGAGAAAUCAGAAAGAGGAUAAUAUAAUAAAAAUAGAAAAUCUAAGUAGAAAUUAUUUCAAAAAUAAUUUCUGAAAUAAGUGUCAUGAAGAUGAAUAGAAGGGAGUGAUUUCACUGUUAAGUAAGCAGAGUGGAAGUCUGCACUUAUUUUCUUGUGGUAUAGACUUUGAAAGCAGUUGAAGGAGUUGGAAGUGAAAUUUUAAUCAUAGCAUGGACGGACACGAUUCUGAAGACCCAAAGCAAAGCACUGCUGAUAUGACAGCUUUUGUGCAAAAUCUUCUUCAACAGAUGCAAAUUAGGUUCCAGACAAUGUCUGACUCCAUAAUUACAAAGAAUAUCCUUUUUAUUCUUAUGAUAAUAUUGAAUGCACUUGAUGAGAUGGGAAACCGUAUAAAUGAGUUGGAACAAAGCAUCAAUGAUCUAAGAGCAGAGAUGGGAGUGGAGAGCACUCCAUCACCUGUGGCCCCUGUUGCCCGUGCUAAGCCAAAGGAAGAAGAGUCGAACAAAGAAGAAGGUCCUGCUUGAGUGACAUUUGUGUUCUAUUGUCUUGUUUUGUAUCUUGUCGUAAUAUCUGAAUUAGAUUUAAAAUUCAUUUCUUAAUACUUCUUAACACAUAGUUCAGGAUUCUGGAUUCUGUGACACUGUGUCUAGUGAACUUUGUCUAUGGUAGCUAAAAAUUACUGUUCAAACUAUGUAAAAUGCAAAGUCUCGACGUUGAUUUCUUGUGUUUUUGUAAUUGGUAUGUGCUAGAUUGGGUGCCAUGUGUUUGUGGAUGAUAUUUCCUAUACUUUAACUUGCUUGAUUACUUUAGUUUC